UUUUAAAAUAUAUUUUUUAGUUAAUUUUCUUGAAAACUUUUAAUGUCACAGUCGAUUGUUAGCUACACUGAACACGCCCCACAUUUGAGCGCUAAAAAUAGCAGACGUAAAUAUUUACAAACGUUUUUGCUGGUUUUUUUUAUUUUUUUCUACUUGUUUUUUAAUUUUUUUUACUAAAUAUAAUUGGAAUGGAUUUUGAAUUAUUCAAUUUGGACGAGGAUGACGAUUUAUUGAGUACAGCAUGUUUGGUAGCAACACAGGAUCAUCUUGCAGCACCCCAACAUACACAGGUAUUGGAAAAUAUAGAAGCCGAGAUUGUGCUGCCGCAACUGCAAUGUAGUGGCGAAGACUCCACUCAUGCUCAAUUCGCAAGUGAUAGUUUUGUUAAAUGUGGUUUUAUGUUGAAUCGGCCUGAGCAAACUUGGCGUGAAGUAAGCGGUGAACAAAUCUUAACCGAAUUGGAAUUUGGCGUUGAACAGAUGUGCGGACAUGGAAAUGUAAACUAUCUUUUUGGCACUGCUUGCAUGAAUAUUCAACAUUUGUGGGCUAGUAUACGCCAGCCCCUCAACGCAGGUGAAGGCCACAUUAAUAACCCCCAACGUCGGCAACAGGUGACAUAUUUGUUUUAUUGGCUGCUGCAAUACACGUCUGAGGAGCAGUGGCCACUGCUGCGUCCUAACUUGGAAAGCUUACGUCUCUUGAUAAAUCGCCUCACCGAAGCAGAUACGUGGAAGUUAGUAUAUUUCGCAAAUAGCUGUAAAGGUAAUGAGUGCAAGGCAGCGUCCUAUCAUAUGUUGCACGGUGCGCUCGAGUGGAAGUUGUUGGAUUUGUGUGUACUUUAUAAAUACGAAUUGCGUACUCUUGCCGAACAACCAGUUGGCAAUGUAAAGAGUAAUAAGACAUUUGUGAGCCAGCUGGAGCGAUUAUUUGAUGACUUGGUGACCUGUUCAUUGUACUUUUACGACAAGAAGCGACCAGCCGAAUUGCUCUAUUGCUCACCCUUUCCGUGUACAUGUAUUAAGGAGUGCUGGUUAUAUUUGCAACUCGCGUUGGAAAAGUGGUCACUCACCAUUCUCGCGGUGGCUGAUGAGAAAAUCACCUUUUGGCAAAUAUUCAAUGAAAGAAUGGCAAAUUUGAAAACAAAAAUGGAUAAAUUUUCUCUUACGUCACUGUCGCUAGCUGAGUUUUCAAAUUGGCUGUUGCAUGCGUUGGUGCGACUUUUUGGCUUCCGCUCUAAUGGCCACUUCGUUGGUCCCACACACACGCGUGCUUUGACUGAUACGGCGGAGAAUGUGGACGCGUUGGAAAAAUGCACCCAGCAAUUCCUCAAUUGUACGCCCAGUGAAGAGCAGACGCGAGUAUUUAUUUGUCUACUGAUGCCAACAUUACUGGAAUGGUGGCGCCCACGCGUUAGCAUACCAACAAUGCUGUGGGAACACUUUCACAAGCGCCUUAACACGUCGUUCUACGUAUCCGGUUCGGCACCAAGUAAUUUAGCAGUUGCUUGCGCCAGCGGCAAAGCGUAUGUGGAGCGUUAUUGCGCACUACUAACGCGGGAUGAGUCUACAACCGAUGCCAACUUGUGUAGUUAUACGCUUUUUAUACUAUUAAUGGGUAAAAACCUGAAGCGUUUGUUGGCCACGGCCGCAACGCGACAUCAAGCACAAAAGCUACUCGGGCGUAUUUAUACAAAAUUUAGCGCACAAAAAUUUCUAGCGUUAAAUGAGACCGGCAUACAUCAUUUAAUUGAGUUGUUUUUAGCGUUGGCGCUCUGUGGCGAUUUCGAGGACUUAGCGCCGAAAUUGAGCGCAAAGUUGCUUUGCAUCUCCUUGGACAAAAUACCUGCUGUACGACAAAUCGCCAUCGCUAAAGGUCAUAUGGCGUUGCUUAUACUCUACGCGGAACGGCGUUGCGACAUUAGUGAAUACGUAUCGAAGUUGCUGCAGCAGCUCGCCGCUAUCAAUAACGAUCUGUGUGUGUCAAAAGUGCUGGCGGAUAGUUUACUGGAAAUUUUCAUGCACGCAGACGACUUUCGGCGCGGCGAACACUUGCUCAUCGACGCCUGGCUGCCGAACUAUAUGCAGGCCUGUACGCCUGUCGAACAAGAUCGCAGCUUGGAAGCGCUACAUCUGAUAUUCGGUAAAUUACAGCGUAACGAAACGAUCAUCGAGUCCAAUUCGGCACUCUUCAAAGCACUCAAUGCGCAUAUACUGCCCUUUGUGAUGCAGCAAUUCGCGAGUGGCUACAGUCAAUGGUUGCCACAACUCGCUGCAGAUUUUUGUACGCAUGCCUGCACUGUGCCCGACACGCAAACCUUUCAGAAGCUAUUCGGCUGUUUUAUCGACGCGCCGGUGGUGUGUCGUCAAUCGCUGCCGCAGUUUCUAAACAAAGUGCUGCAAACGGAACGCGCUGCGCUCAUCGAGCCGAACGUCGUGUUACAUGUGUGGCUGAAGAGUUUGGUGCAAUUGACUGCAGUCAACGAGGAUGUAGCGCAGUUAACGCGCUACGUUGUAAAAUUGCAGGAAUUCGCUUUGAUGACCGACAAUUUGAAUGCGGACGAGCUAAUGCAAGCCAAGGAGCCUCUUUGUGUGUUUAUCGCGUCGGUUGGCAAACACUAUGACACAUGCGUGGCGAUGAACCAACAGCGACGCUUCCGCAUCGCAGACAAUUUGAAUGCCUAUUUGCGCGAUUUCGAUAAGUGGUUGCAGGCGGACCUGAAGCUUGAGAAGGCCGAGGUGGCGUUUCGCUUCUACAGCUUCCUGGCGAUUGUGAUUUACAAUUGCGUACACAUCGUCUACACCAAGUCGAAGGUGAGCUGCUUCUUUCACGUGGUCAUGACGCGCUUUGUGUUGCCAACCAACGUACAGAUGGGCAAAGCGCCGGACGUCAAGUUGGCGCAGCUAAUACACAAAAUCUGGCCUGUGCUGGUGCAGGGUAUUGGCCGCUUGAAUUUUAAAGCCGAUCCGUACAUCAACAAAACGCUCACCGAUCUGAUACAAAAGUGGACGCCACAUUUUAAAAUCUCGCCAAAUGCCAAGUUGGUCGCGCGCCCCUUCAUUAGCUGCCUGCAAAGCGAUAACAACGAGCUGUCGCUAUUCGUCUUCGAAAAACUGACAAGUCUCUUUUUGGCGACACAGCGUCGCCAAGCCGAUCCGAACGCCUGCCUGGUGAUAACCAUUUUCCAAGAAGUCGUCGAAUCAAUUGAGGCGAGUAACAAUCACAGCGCCGACACGCUGAUUUUACGCCUCGAGACCUUCAUGAAGGCCACAUCGUUGCUAAUGCUCGAACACAUCAUGAUGGUGGAUGAGGUGGUGCCCAGUCGCGCGCUACUGUUGGACCUAUUUAGGCGUAUUGUCAAAAGCGCUACUUACCAGCGUUCCGAUGCACUGCAGGCGUUGCUGGCCGAACAUUUACGUCUGCUUACAAAAAAACAUCUCGCCUACUAUACGUUCUUCUUCUUUGAGCUGCUGCAGCGGCUGGCACAGUUCACGCCCGCAACGAUUCUGCAAGUUAUGGACUUUCUGCUCGCUGAGGUGUGUGUGGUGGAGCAAAAACGUGGCGCUGGAGAGGACAAUCGAAUCAGAGGCUGUUUGCAAAAGUUGCAGCAGACCUUGCAGGGCGGCAGAUGUUAAUGACGCGUUUGCGUGUAUAAACAUAAGAAGAAGAAGAGAUGGAAACUAGUUGUAGUUGUUUUCCAAUAUGUUAGAAAUAAUGAGAGUUCAAAAAUCAUCUUCUUUCAAAAACCUUAUUCUGUGAAUUUUAUCGUUUAGAAAUUUUAUAUACAUACUAUACAUACAUACAUACAUACACAAAUUAAAUAGUUAGUAUACGAUAUUUUUUUAAUUUCGAUAAUAGUGCCAAAAAUGUUCGCACAAUGUUCAUAAAAUAUGUUAAUGCAUUUUCGAAUAAUUUUAGUUUUAAGAAAAUAAUCAUAUAACUGUUUUGUACCGUUACCAGUAUUUUAACUGCAUGCAUUUUGUUUCUUUGGACCAUUUUAAGCUGUAUAUUAGCAAAGUUUCCGAAUUUUUUGCAACUUCGAAUUUUCGAAGAAGGCAAUUUUACAAUGUAAACCUGAAAUUUGACAGCAAAAGAUUUGAUGCUUCCUAAAACGCUUUGGUACUGUUUCAAAUAUUUGACUUUUGAAACUUUUCAUGCUUUUCAACUACGUUACAUGGUAAGAAAUUGUUUUUGUUUUAUCAUUUUAAAUUUUCGAACAUAGAAAAUAUUAACUAAAUAUUAUACAUAUAUGUAUUUAAGCAAUUUAUGUUUAGUUUAAUGAUAUCAACAAUAAGCUUUUCAAAAACAAAAUAUUCGAACACUGGGAAGCAAAUACAAAUAUUCCAAUUUUCGUUAUUAUAAAAAACAUUCGCUUUCAAUAGACACUUCAUUAUGUGGGUUUUCAAAUAAUUUAUUAAAAUAAAAAUAUAAGCUGUGCAUAGGAUUAUCGGAAAAAAAAAUAUAUUUCCUAAAAAUAAAUUAAUAAAAGAAACACAUUUUUCUCUAAUAGCGAUCAAAAACUACGUCAUAUUUAUUCGAUGUAUGUAUGUUAAUGUGCAUACUUGUUAAAUAUGUAUAUUUAUGUGUAACUGCAUACGUUUAUUAUGUGGUAUGUACGUAUUAAUAUUAUGUUUGUAUACAGCACAUAUGUAUGUACAUAGGUGUAUACGAUUCUUUUAUACAUAAAAAAACAAUAAAUGAUAUACAAACUGUACUUAAAUUAAAAAUUAGGCUUAAGUAAUAACCGGUAAUGAGGAAGGAAGAAGAUAUAUGUAUGUAUGUAGUGGUGGUUGUGGCGCGCAUGCGUCCAUAUGCAUUCUUAAAGAAUAUACGAAAUUGAAAACACACAUAACUAAACGUACAUUGCUUUUGUGAUAAUUUCUUAAGAACGAUUCAUAAGAUGUAUAAUUUUUACAGUAAGAAUAUUAAUUUCCUCCUUUUUACAAUAGAAAUGUAUAGUUUUUCUUAACAAAAAAAAGGACAUAAUAAAUCAUGAUAUUUUUUUCUUCAAAUGAAUAUGAAUGUAUUGGUUAAAGUUUGCUUUCGAAAAUUGAGCACAACGUCAGAAAUAUUUUUGAUGCAUUUACUAUAAACCAAAAAAAAGUGUUCAAGAUUAUAACUUUUCGUGCAUUCUUAUAGGCCAUGUUCGAAAAUAACUGGGUGUUGUUAAAUCUGUCUUUUUUAUUAUUAUUUG